AUUAAACAUUUACACCACAGUUGGCUGCGACUGUUGACCACAACCAACGUCAGUUAUUAUAUCUUUUUGAACACUUCCAACACCAAAAUGGCAGAAUCCUAUGAAGAAUCUUCAGAUGAGUCUUUAGAUGAAUCUUAUGAAGAAUCGCUUGGGGAAUCUCUUGGAGAGGUGAUUGAGAAUAUUUCCGGCCUUGAUCUGGACAUUUCGUAUGGCAUCGGCGAUCUUGGUGACGAAGAACUUGCUGACGGCGAUGUUGGUGACGGCGAUCUUGCUGACUACGCUCAUGGUGGAUACAUCAGCGGUGAGGAUGAGGACGUUGAUGCCCUCAUAGACGAGUUAAGAGCUGAAAUGGCAGCUGAAAUGAAAGAGUUUGACGAAAAAGUAGCACAAGAAAUGUUAGCUAUGGAGGCGGAGGGACAGGAGGUGGAGGAGGAUGAACCAGACAGUCAGGACGAAAUGAUAGCAGGAUUAGAAGGACUGUGUAAAGAUGAUUCAUGGGUCACACGCCUUCUGGCAGAAGCGGUCGAUGGCGAUGCACCAUACAACGGUCAAGUUGUCGUCGAAGAAGGAAACACUUCCGUAGUGAAGGAGAUUACCCUGCUGGAAGCGUUCGAUCAAGAGGUGGAAAGCCAGCAGAAACAAAUUAAGGAGCGAAUCGGUCUCAGCGAUGUCCACGGCAGCCCUCGAGGCAUUGGUCUGCCACAGGGUUUCUCACCGGCACGGGAGAAGGAUGUAGCUGCAGCACUUGCCGGAAUUCGCGUCGAUGAAAAGAUUCAUCGCAAAGGUCGUGAUCUCACAAACGAAGCGAAUGCAGCUAUCAGCAAUUUUACCAAGGCAGAAGCCCUUGCGGACUAUACGAAUCAGGCUGGCGCUAGAUUGAUGGAGAUGACCAAGCGUGCAGUCAGUCGGAUGCCCACUGAUGUAGACGAGGAGAAAGAAGCUGGUGUCCCGGUAGGUCCCAAGUAUCCCAAAUUUGAGGUUUUCGAAAUCGGUGCCGCUGAUUCUAUGAAGCCGUUGGAAAUAAUUAGCUAUAUCGGAUCGACACGAAGCAAAAUUGAUUAGGCUGUGUUGAAUUAAUG